CGCAGCGUGGAGCUCAACAGACCUUGGCUGAUUAGUCAUCAUUUACUAAGAAUAAACUCUAUUUGGCAUAACUCAGCAACAGUUCGCGCACAGCGCCCAAACGCGUCUCUUUCGCGUCCAACUUUAGAGUUCACUUGAACUAAGUUCUCUGAUUCAGACGCGCCUCUGCCUCCUCCCCUUCUUUCUAUCCCGACUUCCUCACCACAACUACCACCGUCACCCUUAUCUACGUUCAUUCAAACAACCACGACCUGAUGAGCAGGCUGCAGAAGCUUAGGGAAGCCCGCCGGCUGAAAGCCCAAGGUCAAUCGGUCACCGCCCUGCUCGAAGACGACGCCGAACACGCAAUCUACGACGAGGUAGACGAUGCUUCCUUCAAGAAGCUCGUCCAGGAUCGCCUGAUGGGCGAUGAUUUCGUCGUCGACGACAACGGUCUUGGGUAUGCCGACAACGGCACAUACGACUGGGAGCCUGAAGAGACUUACUACAGCGACGAAGUAGAGGAGGCUCCUGGGAAGCCAGGCAAAAAGCAGAAAUCUUUGAAAGAGACUACCAAAAAACAGAAGAGUAGCUCAGGCAAGCUGUUUUCCACCACAGCUAGCUCAGCGUCGACGAAGCGGAGCUCCGCACCGAAAAUCAUGGACGACAAGGAAGAAGAGAACUUUUUGGAGGACAUCUUGGGUGAAGUUGAGAGUUCUAGCAAAGCCAAAAAACCAAAGCCGUCCUCAUUUUCAAAGCUGAUGUCGAACUUCGCGUCCUCAACUCGCAAGAGACCGGAGAGCCGUCGCGCGCGUUCUCCAGUUCGUGACUACUCCCCCGAGAACAUGACAUCACUCCAUAAUGGUCUUCCAUCUUCACCUACUCCGUCUUUAUUGGUUAAGCCUGAGCCCUCGUAUGACGACUCCGGCCGUGAUCUAAACAACGCUCCUAUGGAAACGUCGGCGGCAGGCAAAGUCAACGAUGCUGCGUAUGAGUCAGACGAUGACGCAUGGGACGAGGCAUUGAUGGAGGUCGACAAUGGUGAUGUCAAGGAUGAAGAUGCUGAGGAACCUGAUGACGACGAGGCGAUGGAAAUUGAGCGACCGAUCGCUGCCGCAGCCACGGAUGUCAAGCGCGUGAAUAUCUCCGCAUCCAAGGCUGCUCCUACCAUUUCCAAGAUUGUGAAGCCUCAGCCAACCCCAAAGAUCGAAGCGCCAGUUUCACCCGAAGGCUCACAAACGUGGACACAGAUGAACAAUAACAUUGGGGUUAUUCAGCCGCCGUCUAUCCAGCGUGGCGGGUCGUCUUCUAUAGAAAAGGUGGAAAUUGAUCAAGUUGCGGAACCUGACGGCAGCGUGCGAAUGUUCUGGACUGAUUUCAUGGAAGUUGAUGAUCGCUUAAUUUUGAUUGGAAAGACCAAGCUCAAUAACUCGGACAAAUAUCUCAGCUGCAUGGUACAAGUCCACAACAUCAUGCGCAAGCUCUACUUCUUGCCUCGCACCCACAAAGUCGACAUGGCGACUGGUGUCGAGACCGACGAGAAAGUAACUACAGAUGACGUCUGCGAUGAGAUUGAGCCUAUAUUUGCUCGCGAAAAGAUAGAGAUGCGGUUCAAAACUACUCGACGCAAAUAUGCUUUUGAUCUGCAAGACGUGCCUCCGGAAGCCGAGUAUCUAGAGCUUCUUUACCCCUACCGAAACAGGCCUCUGGAUGCGCGCUAUUUUCAGGGAGCAACUUAUUCUCAUGUCUUUGGAUCUGGCACUGGCAUCUUUGAGCAGUUUGUGCUCAUGCGACGAAUUAUGGGACCUUGCUGGAUUGAGAUCAAAAACCCGACCAGCAAAGACGUUCGCAAUAUGUCGUGGACCAGAUGUGAAGUCGGAGUUAGAAAUCCGGCAGAUGUGAGCGUCCUUCCUGAGGCCGACGCGCCACCUCUCAACCUGAUGAGUGUUGCGGUUCGAUCCAUCCUCAACAGUCACACCAACAAGCAAGAAAUUGUUGCGAUCAGUGGUCGUGUUUACGAAAACAUCCCCCAUGAUACCAACGAGUCUCCCGACAGUCUUCGUCCGUAUGUCUUUACUAUUGUCCGACCAAUUACGGGUGGCGUGUUUCCAGCAGGCUUUGAGGCAGAGGUCAGACGCAAAGGACGAGGAACUUUCAUCCUUGAAAAGACCGAACAAACCGUUCUCAGCAGGUUCCUCGAAAGAGUGCGACAGCAUGAUCCAGACUGCUUCAUCGGCCAUAACCUGGAAGCCGGCGAUCUCAACAUCCUGCUCCAUCGUAUGCGCGAGCGCAAAACCCAAGGUUGGAGUCAAAUCGGCCGCAUCAGUCUAAACAGAUGGCCUACCGGUACCAUCUCCACUUUUGCCGAUCGGAAAGUGGUGACAGGACGUUUGCUGUGCGACCUGGCAAACGACAUGGGAAAAUCGGUGAUGCUCAAAUGUCAGUCCUGGAGUUUGACGGAAAUGUGUGAUUUGCUGCUCGGCGUAAAGCGAUAUGAGCCAGCUGAGAUAGAUACGCGCAAGGCAAACAAUUACACAGAUUCAGCAAACGGACUUUUUGACUACUUCUCACAUUGCGAGCUUGAUACGCACUUUAUUGCGUCGCUGGCUAUAAAGACUCAAUUGCUUCCGUUGACCAAGCAGCUGACCAACUUGGCCGGAAACAGUUGGGCGCGGACUCUGAGUGGCACACGAUCAGAGCGUAACGAGUACAUUCUGAUGCAUGAAUUUGUCAAAAACAAGUACAUCGUUCCCGACAAGCAGAAUUCGUAUGCGAAGAAUGGCAACGCUACCAAGAGAAAGCGAGCAGCAGCUAUGGAAGAUGAGGAGAAUAACGAAGACAACAAAGAUGACGAGGUUGUUAUGGAGGCCAACAAGAAAAAAGACAAGUACAAGGGUGGUCUUGUCUUUGAACCGGAGAAGGGACUCUACGACAAGUUUGUUUUGGUUAUGGACUUCAACAGUUUGUACCCAAGUAUAAUUCAGGAGUACAAUAUCUGCUUCACCACUGUGGAUCGAUCUCAAUGUAACGACGCCGAAGACAAGGUUCCUGACCCGCCUUCAUCUGACGUGCCUCAGGGCGUGCUUCCCCGCUUGAUCGCAACUCUCGUCAAUCGACGUCGUCAAGUCAAGAGUCUCAUGAAGGAUCCAAAAGCAACAGCUGCACAGAAGGCUCAAUGGGAUAUCAAACAGCAAGCACUCAAGCUGACGGCCAACUCGAUGUACGGUUGUCUUGGAUAUGACAAAUCUCGGUUCUAUGCACGUCCAUUGGCUAUGUUGACUACAUACAAGGGACGUGAAAUUCUCACAAAUACCAAAGAGUUGGCAGAGUCGAUGGACUUGAAGGUCAUAUAUGGUGAUACUGACUCUGUCAUGAUCAACACUGGUUCCGAGUCGUACGCCGACGCGCUGAGAACUGGGCAGGAAUUCAAAGUGGCAGUCAACGAGAGAUACAGGUUACUUGAAAUCGAUAUCGACAAUGUCUUCCGACGACUCCUUAUGCACGCGAAAAAGAAAUAUGCCGCGCUGAACUGUAUCGAGCUGAAUGGCAAGAUCGAGACAAAGAUGGAAGUCAAGGGUCUUGAUAUGAGACGCCGUGAAUUUUGUGCUCUGUCGAAGGAGGCUUCCACGAAGGUCUUGAACGAAAUUCUUUCUGGAGCGGCCACUGAGAAUGUUGUCGAGAAUAUCCACGAGUAUCUUCGAGAGCUGGGUGAACAGGUUCGCGGUGGAAAGAUUCCGACCGCAAAGUUCAUCAUUCACACCAAAUUGAGCAAGGAUCCGGAACAGUAUCCAGGAGGCAAAGCUAUGCCACAGGUUCAGGCCGCUCUUCGGCGCAAGGCCCGAGGUGAAAGAGUAGCCGCCAAUGAUGUUAUUGCCUAUAUCAUAGCCGCGGGUGAUGGUUCACCGGCUGAUCGCGCGUUUCCUUACCAGGACUUUAUGGAGAAACCCAAGCGCGAGGCUGAGCCGGCUGCAGACGCUGUGGUCAAGAAGGAACCUGAUGCAGACUUUUACCUUGCGAAGCAGAUCUUGCCUCCAAUUGAACGACUUUGUGGCGCGAUCAGCGGUACGGACGCUAUGCAUUUGGCUAACUGCCUUGGACUGGAUACUCGGAAGUAUAUGAUAUCCUCAGGAGAUCACAGCAGUGGGAACAUCUAUGAAAACUGGCAGCCUCUGGAGAGCUCUAUCUCGGACGAGGAGCGCUACGCGGACGCAAAGAAGCUCACCUUGUCGUGCCCGUGGUGCAGCUCUGAUUUCAUUUUCGAAGGGAUGACCAAGUCAAAGACCGUCUGCACACCGGCGGGCUUGGUUUGCUCGUCAUGUAGCAAGGGUUUGCCUUUGUUUUCUAUUGUGACUUCUGUCGAGCGUAUGAUCCGCCUGGAGAUCUCGAGGUACUACGAGGGCUGGGUGAAGUGCAAUGACAGUUCAUGUGGCAAUCGUACAAGGCAGAUCAGCGUGUACGGAAAGCGAUGCAUUGGCAAGGACGGCUGCGCGAAAUCAUGCAGAGGAGUGAUGGCGUACGAAUAUUCAGACAAGACUCUAUACACGCAACUGCGGUAUAUCGAUUAUCUGUUCAAUGUGGAAGCGGCGAAGGGAAAAGGAGACCAGGAGGUAGAUGCACUCGCAGAGUUCAAUCGGAGCUCUUUUGAGACUGUGCGUGCUGUGACUGGGAAGUAUUUGAGUGAUUGCGGUCGCAGAUAUGUGGACUUUUAUAAUAUUUUCGGGUUUAUGAAAUGAGAGGUGUACUUUAGGUAGCAUUAGAAGGAAUUACUAUAAGUUAGUUGUGUUUUGAAAUGGAUUUAUUAGGGUAUUAGCUAUAUGAUGG